GAAAUGCAUUUUCGUAUCUCCGCUUUGAAGAGCUAGUUUCACUUUAUAGUUCAUGUGGACAUGUUCCUGUGAAACAUGACAAAAAUAGUUGUGUCCGCUCCUGGGAAAGUCAUUUUACACGGAGAACAUGCUGUUGUUUAUGGAAAGAAAGCAUUAGCAGCAAGUUUGAAUCUCCGUACCAACUUGACAGUAAGUGAAAGGGGAGAUAAUCUCAUUAACCUGGACCUGCCUGAUAUUGAAGUGAAGUUGUCCUUCCCAUGUGGCCUUCUCUCUUCAAAAAAUGAUUCUGAAAAAGGUGAUGUUACAAGCCCAAUGCCGGCCACAGAGGAAACUAUUGAAACAUUGAAGGAAUUAUCAGGUUUGAAUGAGGAUGCUACAAGGACACAGUGUUCAGCUGUCGUAACAUUUCUCUAUCUUUAUACAGAGAUAUCAAAGGCUAGCAAAUGUCCAUUACCUGCCAUAGAUGUCAGUGUACAUUCCAAGAUCCCUAUUGGAGCUGGUCUGGGAUCCUCCGCUAGUUAUUCUGUCUGUUUAGCUGCUGCACUGUUACAGCUAGGAAACCAUAUUAACCAAUCACAAUCUAGAUCACAUACAGAAACUGACCAAUCAAAUCAGUCAUCAUGGUCACAUGAUGACACUGAACUGAUCAAUAAAUGGGCAUUAAUAAGUGAAAAAAUUAUGCAUGGCAACCCAUCAGGGGUGGAUAACUCUGUAACAGUCUAUGGUGGGGCCAUAGAAUUUAAGAAAGGCAAUAUCACAAAGUUAUCACAAAUGCCAGAAACAAAAAUUUUGCUAGUGAACACAAAAGUGCCAAGAAAUACCAAAACCAUGGUGGCUAAUGUCAAAACAAAGUUUGAAAAGUAUGAGGCCAUUGUAGGACCAGUAAUGGAUGCUAUUGACACCUUGACAACAAGGAGCAUUGACACCAACAGUAAACUACUGGACAAUGGUCAUCUAUCAUCGUCACUCUACAAGGAACUUGAGGAUCUUAUAGACAUGAACCAAAACCUGCUGAGAACCUUAGGGGUCAGUCACCCUAAACUGGACAGAGUAUGUGAGAUCACUGCGGCCAGUGGUCUCCACGCCAAAUUAACAGGUGCUGGUGGUGGAGGAUGUGCUUUUUGCCUUAUCAGACCAGGAACUCCACAGGCGGUUGUCAGGGAAGUGAUGUCACAGCUUAAAGUAGAAGGCUUUGAAUGCUGGGAAACCAAUAUAUGUGGUCAGGGGGUAGUUAGACACUGGACAAACCAAUAUAUGUGGCCAGGGGAUAGUUAGACACUAGACCAACAGUGAACAUGAAAACAUUCCAUCUAAAUCUGUACUGGAAUAAAUACUACUAAUUUAAUUUGCAUAAGAAAGAAGGAAAGAGAAUUUGUUAGAAAAUGUAAGUGAUGAAACUUUGAAAUUAGAGCGGGGAUGGGUAUUGCUGAACACUUAAUGGAAAAAGUGCAUUUACCAGCUCAUAUGUGUAUGAUAACAUAUCUUACCUAUAAAACGUUAUUUCUACUUAUUAAUAUUGUGUUUGAGUUUGAGGGAGAAAUAACGUCAUUAUAAGGUGCAUUCUAUUAUUUAACAUGUACAAAGUUACUGAACCAGUCGGCAUCAAUGAACACCAUGGAGGGCAUUACUGGACAAUUCUUUUAUACUUUAAUAAAAUGUCCACCAAAGGUCCUUAAAUUGAAUCAAACAUACCUUAAAUAAAUAUGUCAGAUACUUCAAGGACUGUAUCACCGAUGGUUGCAUUUCACUUAUCUCCAAGUGCAAUUUAAUCAAUCUUCAUAUUUAUCGUUAUUUCCUUGAUUUAGUUGUAAACAUUAUAUAAGCCAUCAUAAUGUGUUCCGCUAGGAUGAUGUUUUGGGCUUGUGCAAGUCUAAUCGUAGUAAUGGGAGGGAACUUACUUGAUUCAUGUAUUUUUGACCUAUUUUUUAUCAUUAUGAAAUUAAUUACAAGAAUAUGUUAUACAAAGUAACACAAUUUUCAAAAGUUACAGAAAA